UGCGCUCCGCCCGGCGCAUCGUCCCCGCUGAGCUUCCAAAGCCCCCCCCUCUCCCGUGCUCCGUCGCGGCUUCAAAUACUCCGCCCCCAUUCCCAAAGCACGCUGCUCCCUCUGGCUUCCCGCCUCCUCGCCUGCUCCGCGUCCCGCCGCUCCCUCAUGGCCACCGCAGCCGCUGCAGCAGCAGUCUCCUCCCCGGCCGCCCCGGUCGCCGGGGCUGCUGCGGCCACCUCCCGCCGGGGGUUCGUCACGUUCGGCGGAGGCGCCGCCCGCUCCUCGCCCGCGCUGCGGUCCGGCCGCGGACUCUCCGGUGUGCGAACACAUGUUGCUGCUGUUGAACAAGCAGUUGCAAAAGAUGCUACCAAGCUGGAAGCACCAGUUGUUAUCAUUACAGGUGCCUCCAGAGGGAUUGGAAAAGCCACUGCUUUGGCCCUUGGAAAAGCGGGGUGCAAGGUUCUGGUGAACUAUGCCCGCUCAUCAAAAGAAGCUGAAGAUGUCUCCAAAGAGAUUGAAGCAUCUGGUGGUGAGGCUAUCACCUUCGGAGGAGAUGUUUCAAAAGAAGCUGAUGUAGAAUCUAUGAUGAAAGCAGCUAUGGAUAAAUGGGGAACAAUAGAUGUGCUGGUAAACAAUGCAGGGAUUACACGAGACACAUUAUUGAUGAGGAUGAAGAAAUCUCAGUGGCAAGAUGUAAUUGAUCUGAAUCUUACAGGUGUCUUCCUGUGCACACAGGCUGCUACUAAAGUAAUGAUGAAGAAGAAAAAGGGGAGAAUUAUCAACAUAGCAUCUGUUGUUGGGCUUACUGGUAAUGUUGGCCAAGCUAAUUAUAGUGCAGCCAAAGCUGGGGUUAUUGGCUUCACAAAAACAGUUGCCAGGGAAUAUGCAAGCAGAAAUAUCAAUGUGAAUGCUAUUGCACCAGGGUUCAUUGCAUCUGAUAUGACUGCCGAGCUUGGGGAAGAGCUUGAGAAGAAAAUUUUGUCAACCAUUCCAUUAGGGAGAUACGGCCAACCUGAGGAAGUUGCGGGUUUAGUCGAGUUUUUGGCCCUUAAUCCUGCAGCUAGCUACAUCACCGGACAGGUGCUUACCAUUGACGGAGGGAUGGUAAUGUAAGGUUUGAGUGAGCUUGGUAGACUUGGACUUCUCCUGCAUGAGGCGAUUUUUGGACUACAAAUGUUAGGGUUGUCUCUUGUUUUGUAAUGCUCACCAGGAAUAAAUCAGGCGUGGUGAAGUUGAAAUAUGUAUGUUUUUGUUCAUGAUAUGUGCCAAUUUGUCCAGGCUAUUUGAAUUUGAUGUACCUCGGCAACUCGACGUUCGCCAGCUCUUAUCCAUGUCCAGUGGCACCUGGAAGCCAUCUCCGGUGGAGCUCUAGCUGUUUGCUAAUCAGAUUUUGUGCAUAGCCAUUUUAUAUAUUUGGAUAAGUGUCUUAGAUCUGGAUCUCGGAAAUCAAAUGAUUGUGGUUGUUUUGUGCCAAUUUGGCAACUACGCAAUAAACUUUAGUCGUGUAAAGAAUUUAUGUCAAAACCUUGUGUAAGUAAUUAAUAAAAAGGAUAAUCAAUAGUUGGAAA